UUGCUAUUCUUUGUUUUUGUUUUAUUCCGUUUCAAGGGGUGAACGGCGCAGUGAAAGACAGAGCGCAGUGUGUGCGUGCGUGUGUGUGUGUUAGCAGAAUGGCAUUGUCGCGCUCGGUCGCGAUCGCUCGGCUCGCCUCUUCCUCUUCCUCAUCAUCUCCCGCGACUUUCUCAUCGCUGCCAGCCUCAUCAUCGUUAUCAUCAUCAUCACCAACAUUCGCAUCAUCGCUGGGAAGCCGCAGUGGUGCAUUGACAUGUAUCACAGAUCAACCACGGCCGAGCUUACCACCGAGCAGCAGCAGACAGAGCGCCGCAGCAACGCUGCCUUCGCAACUACCCACCCGCAGCCCAGCCCGGAUAGAUGCAGACCCGUGUACGCACUCACUCACGACGCACUCUGACUUGCCAUCACGACGUGCUGGGCGGACGAGUGGCGCUACACCAACGCAAGCUCGGGAUUGGUCACCGACACGUCUCCCUUAUCUGUAUGCGAACCACCACGCUGCGUCGCCACUCGCCACGCACGCGAGGACGAGGCUGUUCUCAACACUGGGCAGUGCUGCAUUGUUCAAGACGACGGUCGGGCGCUCAAACGCAGAGGAGUCCUCCUCCUUCACCUCGUCGUCCGCUUCUGCUGCACCCUCUGCUGCUACCGAACCAGCUGCUCCGUGUGAAGAACCCGGACCCGGCUCGACAGCCAACUUUGUCGAUGGGCUGCCACUGUUUGCGCAACCCUUGCCGCAUGGUAGCAGCAGCAGCAACGCUACAUCGCCCGCAAGCGACGGAGCGGCCGUGGUGGCAUCUUCAGAGCAACCGCUGCUCUGGUCCCGCAGCGAGGUCCGACGUGCGAACGACACUCGCGCGUUUGCAGGCGUGCGGAGCACUCGCGCCCGUCGAGACUACAACGAAGACCGUCUGUGUGUGGCGCAGUUUGGCCCAGACACGUUCUUUUUUGCCGUGUUCGACGGCCAUGGCGGAUCGAGCGCAGCCGAUUUCGCCACGGCGCACGUCCACUGGGAGGUGCAUGCAUUGAUGCAAGCGGGCGCGAGCCCCUCGGCUGCGUUGGUAGGCGCCUUCCAAAAGGUCAACGACGAUUACUGCGCGUCUGCGCGGAGCUCGAGCACGUCGCGCACUGCGGGAACGACGGCCGUUGUCGCCGUUGUCGUCGGCCGAACAAUGUACAUUGCCAACGUUGGCGACUCGCGUGCCAUUCUCUGCCGCUCUGGCCGGAGUGUCCAGAUGUCGUUCGAUCACAAACCCGACGUGCCAGAAGAGCAGCAGAGAAUCGAGGCUCAAGGAGGCGAGGUCGUGCACGACUUUGGCGCCUACCGCCUGCAAGGCAUGCUCACCGUUUCACGGGCGUUGGGCGACCUAGAACUCCAGCAGUUUGGCUUGAUAUCGACGCCCUUCGUGGUGCGGCAUGAAAUUUCCAUGAAUGACGCCUUCCUUGUCCUCGCCUCGGACGGUUUGCACGACGCGCUCGCACCAAGCUUGAUUCUCGACAUUAUUCGAGGCGCGGCUGGACCCGACGAAGCCGCAGUGCGACUCACCAUGGAGUCAGAGAUGCGGGACGUCGAGGACAAUACGACGGUUGUUGUCGUUCGGCUACCCGGCUGGCGACGCUUCCAGACAGACCACUAUGCCAUCGGCUCGCCGUUCGGGCGAAAGCUAAACCUUCCCGCGCUUCUUUCACAGAUGGACAAGUACAUGCCUGUGGAGAUGACGCAGGACGACAUUGCCAAAGAGUUGGAAGUGUUUGAAAAGACGGGGCUCGGCUCCAUCUCUCGAGCAGGGUUUCACGUGUUUGACGAGACCCAACAAGGGUACAUAACGUUUGCUCAGCUCGAGGCUGCGAUGAAGCGUCUAGGCGAGGAUUUCUCAAAGAAAGAGCUGCGUGAGAUGUUUGACGAGGCGGAUCUUGAUCGAGACGGCAAGAUUGGAUAUGAAGAAUUUUGUCGGACGCUUCGGCAGCAAAAGGACGACGCUUCCAGUUGACACUUUGUGGAUUUUUUUUUUCUUAUCGAUUUUUUUUCCUAAAUAUCUUGUAUCGAUUCCGCUGCAACCAACCUCCACUGCCCGCCCCCCUUUUAUGAUCGUUGUCGAUAUCGUUAUGACUAUGGCAUCGCUUGGUUUGAUACACUUGUGCCUGUAUAAGUUGUUCUGUAUAUUGUAAUUUUGAUUUCAACCA